GGCGCGCUGCUGGCCUGCGCUGCGUGGACCGCGGGCUGGGUGCUGGCGGCCGCGCUGCUGCUCCGCGCGCACCCGGGCGUCCUCUCCGAGCGCUGCACCGACGAGAAGAGCCGGCGCAUCCUGGCCGCGCUGUGCCAGGAGUACCGGGGCGGGGUGCUGGUGGGGGACCUCUGCGAGGACCUGUGCGUGGCGGGGACACUGAGCUACCAGCGCUGUCUGUACUACGAGAGAGGCAAGAAGGUGCUGCAGGCCGACUGGCGCGGCCGGCCCGUCGUCCUCAAGUCCAAGGAGGAGGCCUUCUCCAGCUUCCAGCCGCUCAGCCUGCCGGACGACGCGGCCGAGGACGGCGGCCAGGACUUCCCGGAGGAGGCCGAGCUGCUGCUGGUGGUGGCCGGUGAGGUCAGGAACGCCCUGGGCCUGGAGCUGCCCAACGGCAGCCUGGGGCCGCUGUGGCCCCGGAGGCACGGCCGUCGCUGGCUGGGCCAGCUGGCCACCCUGUGGUCCCUGGUCCAGCAGGAGGAGUUCGUCCUGUUCAGCCUGCUGCAGGACCUGAGCCGGCACGCCCCGCCCGUGCUGGGCUCCUGCGGCCACUUCUACGCGGUGGAGUACCUGGCCGCGGGCAGCCCCCGCCACAGGGCCCUCUUCCCCCUGGACGGGGCCGCAGGCGCCCCCCGGGGCGGCCGGGCCCAGGCCAAGGCCAUCAGCGACAUGGCGCUCAGCUUCCUGGACAUGGUGAGCCAUUUCGACGAUGACUUCUCCCACCGCCUCCACCUCUGCGACAUCAAGCCCGAAAACUUCGCCAUCAGGAGUGACUUCACGGUGGUGGCCAUCGACGUGGACAUGGCCUUUUUUGAACCCAAAAUGAGGGAAAUUCUCGAGCAGAAUUGCACGGGGGAUGAGGACUGCAAUUUCUUUGACUGUUUUUCAAAGUGUGAUCUGCGAGCCCACAAGUGUGGAGCAGAAAGAGUCAACAGCAACCUGCAGGUCGUCUGUGACAAGAUAUUCCGCCACUGGUUCUCCUCCAGUCUCAGGACCUCGGCCGUCUCCGUCCCGCUUCAGCUACAAUUGCGGGACGCGGUCCAGGAAUGCGCAGACCCUCGGGGCGCCUCCGGCAGCGCCCCGGGAGCCGCCCCUGAUGUGUUCUGGAAGCUUCAGCGCCUCCUUCAAGCCACACAGAGGGAACUGCAGGAGGCAGAGAAGUAGCCACUCCCGUGGCCUUGGGUCCCUUCCCUCUAUGUUGGUUCAAGGACGGGACGUUUCCUCUAUGCAAACAAGGGCACGCGCAGGUGGCGCUGUGGUCCUUCUGAAAUGUGAAAUCGCUGAUGCCCUUCCCACCGCACGCCAGCUGCCCUCACGUGCGUCCUUCUUUCCCAUCCUGGCUUGAUUCGCUCCUGAUGGCGGCCACCGCGCUGGCCUCUGACCUGCCACCCUUUAAAAGUGACACGAGGGAGGCAGGUACAGCGGUUUCCUCUUGGAGGCCUCUUCGUCGGGAAACAGCACAAAUCCCACUCUGAGGAUCGUGCUUGUGCUCACCUGAGAGCCAGGGCUUCCAGCUGUCCUGCCUGCACACGUGCCCGCAUUUAAAGAAGUGCACGUGCGUGCACACGAGCCCGUGUGCGUGUUCACACGGGAGUGCUCACGUGAGUGUGUGCACGCGUGCGUGAGGACGUGCCUGCCUGAGCGAGCGUGAGCAGGGAGCGCGGGAGGCUCCGGGGCAGGGGAAGGGGUGUCCCCUCUGGGACAAGAGGGCUGCCUUUGUUUUGGAAUAAAAUACAAUCAAAACAGAAGUUGCAUCUGUAACGCAAACGUAAUCCGUCAGGAGAGGACGUGUCAGGACAGCGUAUGGCCGUUUUCCUCCUGAGGGGCCCGUCGAUUUUAUGGAGCCUGUGUUAGGGAGCACGUUACCGCCCGCCGCGGUGCAUCUGCCUUUGGCGCGGGAGAUGCAGGCUGGUUGGACUGCGUCGUGUUGUCCCCGAGAACGUGGGGGACAGCGAGUGCCGCGGUCGGCGUCGGGCAGGGUCAGAGGCGGGCGCCUUGCUCUCAAGGGCACGAACGCCGAGGCCCGGGCACCAUGCCGCACGCCGGCAGGUGCCUCCAGCAGAGUCCCGGGGAGGCUUUCUUGAGAGAAGAGGGCCGGAGGGAACCACACGUGGUCCCUCGCUGGGCAGGCAGGUGAACCCGUGGGGGGCCAGCCAGGCAGCCACCGGGAGGGAACUCCUUUCUACUGGACACCUGGGACACAGCAGGUGCUCCGCAAGUGACCAGCUGGUGUCCCUAAAGGUAAAUCAAGAAAGACGCCGAGAGAGGAAAAGGAAAUUCUAUUGAUGGCUUACAAAUCAAAGAGGACGGAUUAAUCUGAAAUUUAAAAAAAAUGACAAACUGCACAAA